AUGGCGAGAAACGCAAAAACGUGGAGCGAAUCAGCCCGCUACGCCCCACCCGGUACAGGAGAACGCACAUGUUUCCACGGAAUCGCUGGCUUAAGUAUAUUAUGCAAAACCCUAUUGUUUAGCCCCGAUCAAUUUUUCAGCGCUACAUGUACUUGAUACGCGCUUAUGCUUGCGUGAAAAAAGCGCUUUUGUUGGCUGAUCGCGGUUGAAAAUGACAGAUGCUAUACCAACCGGUAAUUCUUAUUGGACGCAUUCCGGCCCGUGUUUACAGCUCGCAAAGAACAAUAUUGCGUGAAAUACCACUUUCAUUUCCGGUUUGUGAUGGAGUCCGCUGACAAUUUGCAGACUCAGUAAUGCUUUUCGGUGUUGGCGAAGAAAGGAAACGAAGUUUAAUAGAUGUGGAAAUUUGCUCGCCACUUAAAUAAUGCCUAUUUCAUCCCACAGUCACAGUGGACAAUUCUGUAAACAUGCUUUUUGUGAACUAGAAGAAAUAGUUCUCAGGGCUAUCGAAGUUGGUUUUAUCCACUAUGGACUCUCGGAACACAUGCCUCGGUAUGAGCCGGAAGAUUUGUAUGAAGAAGAAAUAGAGGUGAGAUUUGUUAUUUCGCUUUCUUAACUGAGUGAAGAUUCAUUAUAACAUCCGAUAAGCGUACGGCGCUCAUCGUUUUCAACAAUAAGAUUUAGGUUAAGAUUAUUGCUGCGGAGCGACCGUAGGGAGCGAGCAGCAACAAAAUCGGGAUUUAAGGGAAAUAAAUAAGGUAAGACGAAUUCUCGAAUUCAUCACGUUUGAAGGGAAGGGGAGUUUAAGGCACGAGAGAAACACGAGGGGCACGUGAGGAGGGAGGGAAGGAAACGCCUGCAAGGAAACCUUUGUUUUCGCCAUCCUGCAUACUAAUUAUGUAUGCAAAAAUGACGUAAUUGUAAAUGACUAGCUGUCAAAUAAGUCUGUCUGCGAUGCAUGUAAUUUUAGCUUUUGUUUUUCUAAAACAAGAUAUCUGAAGUGUAGGUACAUUCUAUUAAAAAAAGUUCAAAUGCGGCGGUCAUCUGUUGAAAGAAGAAAGUUGCAAUGAUGCGUGUCUUGUUAUAUAAAAUCCAGCUGAAAUCUAUUACAUCGUUUGCUGAAGGAAACGUGCUGGAUGUUGCAACUUGCAUGCAAUAUCUGUCUCAGAAAAAUUUAAAACACUUUGCCAGCUCUCGAAUUCUUGUAAGUCUCACUGCCUAACCAAUGCCAGUAUCAACAGAAUGUGCCACAGCAUUACCAUCUUUUAGAUACCCCAGUCUCUAAAAUAAUGAGUUCAUCCUCGGCGUAUUAUCCGUGAAACUCUCGAGUGAUGUAAAACAAAGGAAACAAAGAAGUCAACACAAGAGAACCUAGGAAAACAAAAGGUGCACAACAAAGAAAAAGUUCACAGGUUGUUACACUGAGGUAAACCCAAAUAAUAGCUCAAUCAAUUCCAAGUGUGCCCAUCCCCCCUCCGUCCCCAUCCAUUUGUCAGGCAUCUGUUGUCUUAUCAGUCCGGGUGGUGGGUUUGUUCGAAAACCUCUACCCGGGGAUUUUACAUUUUUCAAUUCUUCUUGAAGCGGUUAACAUCGCUCCUUUUUCAAUAUUUCCCUCUAGAAUAUGCCUAUUUAGAUAGCUAUAUAUAUUUCUGUAAAAAAUAUUGUUAAUAAAUAUGUUUAAAAUGAUACAAGACAGUGGUUUUCACUCCAUCACCACCCUAUCAAGCUUGCCCUGCACCCCCGUUCCCCAUCAGGCAUUUUCCAGGUAUUAGCCAGUCAGUUAAGUCCCAUGUUCACUGUAUGUUCCCACUUUUCCCAUGUUGGGCUUUUGUCAUCAAAUGGCCUGCUCGGAGGUGGGAAUUUGUCAUAGUGGACUUUCAUGUAUUUCUUCUUGCACUUUUAAAAUGGAUAAAUCUAUGGCAUAUACGUGUGAACAUUCAUGAUUACAAGCUAAUUAAAGAAAGAUGUGUUACCACAAACUUUGAGUUCUAGCAAAAUAAUUGUCCUCCCCCUCCCUGAAUACUUGCCUGCAGAAAGUGUAAGAAUGGCCACUACUAGAGAUUUAAGAGGGAAUAGCAAGCCACUGGGGAGAAGAAGUUGA